GAGCUCUGCUUCCGCAGUGCAGCAAAAGGAGGGCCUAGCAGCGCGCCAAGUACGUUGCGGGUCAGCACCAUGGCGGCCCGGCUGGCUGUGAGCCGGUGGAGGGCUGCACCUGCAGCUGCUGGGAAAGGCCCGCUGCUCUCCUGCCGGAGGUGGUCGGGCGCCAAGGCCGACACGGUGUACGAUGUGGUGGUGUCGGGCGGAGGCCUGGUGGGUGCCGCCAUGGCCUGUGCUUUGGGAUAUGAUAUUCACUUUUGUGACAAGAAAAUCCUCUUGCUAGAAGCAGGACCAAAGAAAGUAUGGGAGAAAUUGCCAGAAACUUACAGCAACAGAGUCAGCUCCAUUUCCCCCGGCUCUGCAACCCUUCUCAGUAGUUUUGGUGCCUGGGAUCACAUCUACAUGAGAUACAGAGCCUUUCGGCGAAUGCAGGUGUGGGAUGCCUGCUCAGAGGCCCUGAUAAUGUUCGAUAAGGAUAAUCUGGAUGACAUGGGCUAUAUAGUGGAGAAUGAUGUCAUAAUGUGCGCUCUCACCAAGCAGCUGGAGGCGGUGUCAGGUGAGACCGGGGUGACAGUUCUCUACAGGAGCAAAGCACUCAGCUACACCUGGCCUUAUCCGUUUACCAUGGCAGACUCCAGCCCUUGGGUUCAUAUUACCCUAGGUGAUGGCAGCACCCUCCAGACUAAAUUGUUGAUUGGUGCAGAUGGUCACAACUCAGGAGUGCGGCAGGCUGCUGGGAUUCAGAAUGUCAGCUGGAGCUAUGAUCAGUCUGCUGUUGUGGCUACUCUGCAUUUAUCGGAGGCCACAGAAAACAACGUAGCUUGGCAGAGAUUUCUUCCCUCUGGGCCCAUUGCUUUGCUCCCGCUCUCAGACACCUUGAGUUCCUUGGUUUGGUCCACAUCCCAUGACCAUGCAGCAGAGCUCGUCAGCAUGGAUGAGGAAAAGUUUGUGGAUACCAUUAACUCUGCUUUCUGGAGUGAUGCCAACCACACAGACUUCAUUGACUCGGCCAGCACCAUGCUGCAAUAUGCUGUUGGCUUUCUGAAGCCCACUAAGGUCUCAGCUCGCCAGAUGCCCCCAAGUGUCGCCGGAGUGGACGCCAAAAGUCGAGUGCUGUUUCCACUUGGGUUGGGACAUGCUGCCGAGUACGUCCGGCCGCGACUGGCUCUCAUCGGGGAUGCAGCCCACAGAGUCCAUCCACUUGCAGGACAAGGUGUCAACAUGGGCUUUGGGGAUGUCUCCAGCUUGGUCCAUCACCUCAGUGCUGCAGCCUUCAAUGGAAAGGACUUGGGCUCUAUGAGCCAUCUUGCAGGUUACGAAACAGAUCGACAGCGUCACAACACUGCUCUUCUGGCUGCUACUGACCUACUGAAAAGGCUCUAUUCCACCAGUGCCACUCCGCUGGUGCUGCUCCGGACAUGGGGCUUGCAGGCCACAAAUGCAGUACCUCCACUCAAAGAACAGAUUAUGGCCUUUGCAAGCAAAUGAAUGCUCUUUAGGACAUUCUGUCGAAGAAAAAGGACAUCUUUUCUCAAGACCAUCACAUGUUUUCAAGAUUUAAUAAAUUUGCUUUACAUUAGAA